AUGAAGUUGUGGAUUUUUCUAAAUGCUUUGGUGCUACUCGCGCUUCUCGAACCAUUCUCGAGAAGUGAUCAUUUCAUCAUCGGAAAUCAAUGGGUGUUGGCCAAUGCUAUUAUUAUUGAUCCUUCCAAUCCACAAUAUUCUGUGGAUCGAUUGGAUUGGAAUCAAAGAGUUCCUGCAAAAAAUCCUUCAGCUCUUGUCUAUUGUGAGAAUGCACAAGAUGUUGCCAAUUGGAUUUCCUAUGCAAGAAAUGAAAGAGCAAGAAAUGAAUCGUAUCAAUUUUCAAUACGAAGUGGAAGACAUUCCUAUGAAGCUUAUUCAGUCAAUAACGGUGGAAUUGUCAUUGAUGUCUCUCGAAUGAAAUCCAUCUCGAUUGACACCAUGCAUCAACAAGUCACUAUUGGUGCCGGGAUGAGAAAUUUUGAAAUUUAUCAAUCGUUAUGGAAUCAUUCAUCUGAUCUUGAUGGCAGAUUUGCAUUCACGGGUGGAACAUGUCCCACUGUUGGCAUUGGUGGAUUUGCAUUGGGAGGUGGAUUUGGAUAUUUGGCAAGAUAUCAUGGACUUGCCAUUGAUAAUUUAGUAUCAGCUCAAAUCGUCAUGUAUAAUUCCCAAAUAUUAACUGUGAAUCAAACAAAUGAAUAUAGAGAUUUAUUUUGGGCAUUACGUGGAGGAGGAAAUGGUAAUUUUGGAGUGGUAAUUUCUUUCACUUUCAAAUUAAUCAAAGCUCCCUCCUUUGUGGUCAAGUAUGAUUUGGAAUGGUCCAACGAUGAUCACAUGUAUCAUGUAUUUUCAAUAUGGCAAGAAUUAGCUCCAACCAUAGACUCUCGUCUCACUUCUCAAUUCACCAUUUACAAUGGAACGUUUGCUUCACAAGGAUUAUUUGUGUUUGGCAGCGAAGAGGAAUUGAGAGACUUGUUACAACCACUCCUCACAGCUAGUACCAAUAAUUUACGUAAAAUUCAAUUCAAGACCUAUUCCUACAUGGAUAGUGUGUUGGAAUAUGCUGGAUGUAAGACCAUUCAAGAAUGUGAGGCGAUCAUGCACUCUCAACCCUCGUAUGAACAUCCCAUUCUGUACAAAACGAAAAGUUCGUAUGCCUUUGAACCUCUCUCACGACACGCCAUUCAACAAUUUGCGAAUAUUCUCUCGGCACCGUAUUCGUAUGCGGCAUUGGCUGGUUCUUUUUCGUGUGUUCAGUUUGAUUCUUAUGGUGGAGUGAUUGGUCAAGUCGAUAUUCAGAGUACAGCAUUUCCUCAUCGACGUGCACGAUUCCAUGCUCAAUAUAUGAUUUACUAUAAUAAGAGAGAAUAUACAGCAAUGGCAGAGGAUUGGAUCAAUGCAUUCUAUGAAAAAACAGCUCCAUUGUACCUUUCCAGAUUUUCCUAUGCUAAUUAUUGUGAUUCUUAUCUGAAACACUAUGAGCAUUCGUAUUAUGGAGAGAAUAUGUGGGAAUUACGAAAGGUGAAACAAAAGUAUGAUCCCAUCAAUUUAUUCCGAUAUGAACAAUCCAUUCAAUUUCCUUAA